AUGGAGUGUGUAUCUGUUGUGUUUGUUGCAGCUGGGGCAGGAAACAAGGCUGGCUGGGCGUUCGGCCUCGGCCUGGAGAGACUGGCCAUGGUCCUGUACGGCAUCCCGGACAUCCGGCUGUUCUGGAGUCAGGACGAACGCUUCCUCAAACAGUUCAGAGUGGAGGACAUCCAACACCCAGUCUGCUUCCAGCCUCUCAGUAAGUACCCACCUCUGCACAACGACAUCUCCUUCUGGCUCCCGGAGAGCGGCGAGAGCGCGGACGGCCGCGAGAGCUUCACGGAGAACGAUUUCUACGAGCUGGUGCGCUCCGUCGGAGGAGACCUGGUGGAGAAAGUGUCGCUGGUGGACCAGUUCACACACGCAAAGUAGGAACACACACACACAC